AGCAGUCACCCCACCCAAGAGUGGACCCACAGGCGGGUUACAGACUGCUCAAGUAAAAUACGAUCAGUUGUAACUUCGUGCUCGUUGGUUCAACAUACGAAAACGGUGGUCGGUAAAAUAGUGGACCGUAUGUCUGUAUGAGCGUGAUUUGUUCAAGGCUAAAUCUUGAGCAGCACUGAAAGUGAGAAAUAAUAUUGAAAAAAAAAAAAACAAUUGAACGACAGUCUCAACCUCUUUUGUGCAAAAAAAUAAAAGUAGGAGAUGAUUAUCUACAGCGGUGGUAUGUGAGAGUUUCGGAUCAUUAUCAGGUGGAAAAAGAGUUUUAUAUCGAGCUCUCCAGCGUGUAGCGCUGGAAUGUAAAUGAUUUGAUUGAAAUCAAAUCUAGUGAGAUCUUGAAAUCGCGAGCUUCUGGAACGCCAACGGAAUAUUUGAAACCUGCCGACUAAGAAGUGAUGAAUCUAAGAUGAAGCUUCUGUCUCGCCCAACGGGAUCACUGCUGCUAUUGGUAGCGUUUGUUACAGUGUCAUACUCAAAUGCGUUUAUCAUACCUGAAGAGCUACCCUCAAUUCUGUCACUAGUCUACUCCAAUAUCCCACCAAUCAGAAAAGGAACGGACUCUCGAGUUGGAUUCGGUUUCCGGCUGGGCGACCAUGCAGAUUUUCAAGUUCAGUUCGAAAUUGGACCACAACAGAGAACACGGCCUAUAGGAACUAAUGCUGGCAGUAGCAAACGUAACGUGGACUCCGACGAUUAUCAAGAGGAGAAGCAGCAGGCUGGAUCAUCGAACAUGGUGGCCGGCAAAUCAUGGCUUGAAACGUGGUCCAAGGAGACCAAACAGAAGCAGAAGUUCAACAAGGGAAAACAUCGGGAUGCGGUAAACAAAACAUCCGAACUCCCGGCAUCUCCGAUGAUCGCGGAGUCGGCAUACAAUCAGCUCCAGCAGUUGUUCGACAUGAACAAACUGAAGGAAGAGGAAGCGAUAGGUACGAUUCCUAGUGCGGACCUGGAAACCGCUUUGAAGCACAUUCCCUUCAAACCGAUGCCAACCAACAACACGGAAAUCAACGAGGUUGAUCCGAAGGCACCAAAAGUAGUUACAUUCAAACCACUGCCAGAGGAGGACGUUAGCCAGAGUAAAACUGACAUGGAUACGACUAUGAAGCAAGUUAUGCGUAGACGAACGAAUCCUAGACAGCAGAACGCCAAGAAGGAUAAAAUAUCGGCCGACUUGGCAAAUGUCUCACUGGAUUAGGAUGUCUUGAGUGAUUGCGUCGUGUUAAUGGUGGAUAGAAUAAGGUGUGAUUUGGGGCGAAUGGUCUUUUACUUCGGGAAGAACAUUAAAAAAUGGGGGGUAAUAUACCUGUAAAUAUUGGUGUUUAGGAUGUGAUACUAUUUAUUUUCCUGAGAACAGAUAAUACGAGACGAAACCGACUAUUUAUUUGAGUUAAGGUAAUACCAUGGUGCAAUAAAAUACCGUACCAAACAGUAAA